AUGGAAUUUCGCUCUGAUUUAGAAAAUUUGGAUGAAGAUGGGUAUACUCAAUUAGACUUCACCUCUAGAGGCAUCACCAGAAGACCUGUGAAAGGUAUUUUAGGUGAUCAGAAGGCUUCUCCUCCUUGGCGGCUGAUUGCUAUGACAAUCAGUGUUAUCUGCUUGAUAACACUGGUGAUAGCUGUAGUCCUGGGUGUCCUGGCAUUUAGGAGAUCCAAUUCAGGCAGCGACCCAUUGGAAAAAGAGAACUUUACAUUAAGAAAUAAAGAGAAUCACAGUCAACCCACAAAAUCAUCUUUAGAAGAGAAUGUGGCUCCUACCAAGACUCUCAAAACCACAGGACUCUUUUCUAGCCCAUGUCCCCCUGAGUGGAUCAUACAUGAGAAGAGCUGUUAUCUAUUUAGAAUGUCACUAGAUUCCUGGCAAAGAAGUAAGAUCCGAUGCUCUCAGCUGGGCUCUCAUCUCCUGAAGAUAGACAGCUCAAGUGAAUUGGUUUCAAAUCAGAAGCACAGCUACCCARGAAAAUUUACUUCACAAUUGUGGAUGGAUUCAUGUGUCCACUGUUUAUGA